AUUGGUGCCGAUGCCUUCGAGACGGAGACAGGCAGUUUUCUGUUUUCAGUUUAUAGUUUUCAGUUUUCAGUGUUUGUCGUAAAAAUGUACUGAACAUAUUUUGUAAAUUGCUGUGUCAUUAUAUUAAAAACCAUAACACAUCCUACACACACACUGAGAGGGAGAGAGAGAGAGAUGCAUUAAUAUUUUAAUUAAAAUUACAAGUGUGACUCGUUGUUAAAAGUGUGUGCACAAUUUGUUGUGUGCUAUUUAAAGCCGACAAUAACAAACAAGUGUCAGCUGUGUCUGCAAUCAGCACCAAAAGUCUACAAUAAAACAACUUACAAUAAUAAUAAUAAUAAAGAGCGCUAACAAAUGCAGUUUGCACCUAAACUGACCGAAAACAGAAGCGAAAUACAUUUUCAAUCGUUAUCGCAACGCAAAAAGGUUUGCACUGGAAUCGAAGCAGAAACUGAAAUUUGAAAUGGAAUCGGAUACUUAUAUGCCGGCAUCGGCGUUGCCCAACAGCAAACGCUUUGUCGUCGAAGAUUCAAUUACAAAGGUGACCUCAGAUGGGGAACCACACGGCAUGAUGACCAUGGUGGCAGGUUUAUCGGGCCUAUUGGCUGCAAUUAUUAUACUGGCUGUGCUCGUUUCGAUGGUGGCAUGUCGCAAGCGUAAAACCAGAAACAACAACAAUAAGGACAACAACAGCAAUGCGAUGGCCGCGGCUGUGGCAAUGACGAGCGUCGUUGAGAAGGCACAGCCCCAACUUGCUGGCAAUCUGAAUGCUGCCUUUGCGGAGAGCACUCUAAGCCUGAGUGUCGUUGACAAGGCCAAAAGCAUGGACAUGGACAUGGACAUGGAUAGAAAUGAGGUGAACCAGUGGCCCACAGCGAUUGUCGUUGAGCGCUUUUAGAAAGGAAGAGAAAGCGACGCUGGUUAAGCAAGUGAUGUUUGUGAACACAUGAGACUGAAAUUAGAAAUUUAAGCGAGAUGUUUUUUUUUUUUGUUUUUGUAUAAUAGAAUCCAUUAUUUUGUUACUGUACUAUCUCUUGAUCAUUAUUCGAAUACGACUGAAAGCAGACGCAAUGCAGCU